AAGCCAUGAAGCUACAACUGUAAGGUGUGAUAGAAUGAAUAACGAGAGAAUGAAGGUGUUUGGUUUUGUUGUUGCUAUAGCUGUAGCAGCAUGGCAGUGUGAUGGUUCAGAGCAUGGUGCAAGCUACGAAAUUUUCCCUCUGAGAAUGAAAACUGGGCAUGGUGGCCGAUACAUUCCAGAGGUUUCGUGCCAAAGUUGGAGGGUUGGUGUGGAAGCACACAACGUGAUUGACUGGAAAACUGUUCCUUUGGAUUGUGAGGGUUACAUUGGAAACUAUAUGCUUGCUGACCAAUAUAGAUCAGACUCCAAAACUGUCUGUCGUGAAGCUUACUUUUAUGCAAAAACCCUAAAUUUCACUGCCAAAGACAUAUGGGUCUUUGAUGUAGACGAGACCACACUAUCUAAUCUCCCUUAUUAUGCUCAACAUGGAUUUGGGGUGGAACCAUAUAAUUCGACAUUGUUUAAUGAAUGGGUUGAUAUCGGUGAGGCACCAGCACUGCCUGAGAGUCUCAAACUGUACAAGAAAUUGUUGUCGCUUGGCAUCAAGAUUGUGUUCUUGACAGGAAGACCACUGGAACAGAAGGCUGUCACAGUUACCAACUUAAAGAUUGCAGGAUACCACAAAUGGGAGAAGAUUAUCGUAAAGGAUACAUCUAUAUACGAUGGUAAAACAGCAGUUACAUACAAAUCAAGUGAGAGAAAAAAGCUGGAGGAACAGGGAUAUAACAUCAUCGGAAACAUUGGAGAUCAAUGGAGUGAUAUUUUGGGAACCAACACCGGCGACAGGACCUUUAAGCUUCCCGAUCCUAUGUACUAUAUUAGUUGACACUCUAACUAGCAACUGCCUUGCUCCUAUGAACGGAAUAAGAUGCAUACAUGUAACAGUAAUUGCUGUGUAUGUGACCUUGUCUCUUUUCUAUCAACUAAACGCACCAAUUGCUGAAGUCA